UUCGGUGCCCAAAAGCCGCCCCGGAGGUGUCUAGCGCACUGAAGUGACACCCAAUCCACCAGCCCCCAUGCGCCAGCAUGGAGCGAGCAAAGAACCAGAUGGCAAGACUUCGGGGAUGUCGGCGCUACUGGCGGCGGAAGUGGAACGAUCAGUACAGGAGCACUGUACUCGGCUCAUGGAGCCGCAUGUGGAGGUCUUUAACGCCACAGCCAUGCAGCUCCAGGGGCUAUGGGAGUUGGCCAAGGGCAACAGUAAGAAGUUGGUUCAGAUGAAUCAUGCCCUUCGAGAUAUGCAAGAAGGACUCCUGAAGAUUGAGGAUUUCCGAUCCGAACUUGAUAGAUAUGAAACAAACCUGAACAAGCAGGGCAGUGAUAUGGAGAGCUUGGUGGAACGCUUCGAGGUUCAGCUCGCUCAAGUGCGAUUCUUUACGUCGCAGAAGGAAGAGGCCUACCUACAGCACCGCAGUGCACUGGACUCCCUCCGGCAUGACUUGACGCACUUGCAGCAGCUGCAUGAGACUUCCAAAGAGACCCUCUUCAAGAGCAUUGAAAAGUCCUUGCGCGAGGUGGCUCCUAUGAAAGCAGAGCUGGAGGCCAAAAUGGCCAACUUGCAGCUGCAACACCACAGUCUCACUGACCAGGUUUGGGGUAGUGAGACUGCCAUUGCCCGAAUCUCUGGCGAAGUGAAAAACGUUCACCAGCGCUUUGACGCUGUGGCGGAGGUGGUGAACGGCUUGACGGACGAGAAAGACUGCCGUGAAAAGUUAGAAGAGAUGCAAAAAGAAUUGGCAGAUUGGCUGAGUCAGUCGCGAUAUGAGGCCGUCUCCACUCGGAAGGCCUUCUCUGCUGCCACGGCUGCGAACAAAGAGAGCAUCCGCAUCGGGUUGGACGCAGCAGGAAAUCAAAUUGCCAAUUUCAUGGAAGAGAUUCGGAUGGACAACCAAAAGAUCCUCAGCGACACGGAGAAGCUGCGAAGAGAGACGGAAGACAUUUGCGAGAAAUUCAGGGGAGAGAUGGGUGAGAUGUACAUCCACCGGCAACAGUCGGACGAACGAAAUGAGGCAGUCCAAAGAGAGCUGCGUGAGGCUUUGAAUGAGUACGAUCGACGGCGAAAGCGAGAAAAAUCCACGCUGGAGUUGGAGAUGAAGGAAGUGGGACAGCAGCUCUCCAUUCUACACGACUCGGUGGAGGAUGCCGUUCAAGCUUGCAAAAGCGUGAAGCUGCUCUGCUCCAGCCUGGUGGAGGUGCUAGCGAUGCAAGUGUCUUUGGAGCGUCAGGAGUUUGCGGACUGGACGCGUGUAUCGCUGGUGGGCUACAAGCCGGUUUCCAGCAACAAAACAGCGGAGGCCGAGCCGGACUCGGCAAGGACCACGCCCAGAGCCGGUGGCUUUCCACCGAAGCCCAAGGGGCACAAGCAGUCUCCCCGUCGGAAGGAUGAAGCCUCGCAGGUCAUCAGCUUGGAUAAGCGAUGCUAUUCCUGCUGCAGUCAGACGCAGAUGGUCAUGUCAGGCUUCAAGAUGGCUUGCUUGAACUAUCGGCCCUCAGCUGUUCAUAUUGGAGAAGGAAGCUAUGAGCGCCUGGAUCUCUUCGAUCGCAUGGAUUCGUUGUUGAGCAAGGCUCAUGAUCAGAUGCGCUUCUCGUGCGAUGCUGAGGACCUGAACCAUUUGAGAAGCUUUUCCCAUGGUGACUUGGAACCUGAAAGGGUGGCAACAGUGCGAAAUGUGGAGGCCGAGAAGCCCAAUGUCAAUAGCAAGGUGCAGGCAAAGCCCACGUUUGUGCUGCCUGCUUUAUCAGCCAGGUGAUUUUCCCGUGCCGUGCAGCGUUUCUGCCAAAGGCAGGAAAGCGCGGCUCUGGCUUGUAGCAUUCGUGAGUAGUUUACGACUGCAGAACUGGCAGACGCAGCUUCCUGAGAUUGCGAAAAUGCCACUCCCUAACCAGCAAUGGUUUGAU